AUGCUUUCGAGUACCGAGUUUAAUUUUUGCUUAACAGCGAUGCAUUCGCCCGCUCACAUUCAUGAAAAUAACUUUUUCUUCCUUCUUCUUCCUCUUCUUCAUCUUUUCUUAUUCUUUUUCUUCUUUUUUUUCUUCCAUUUCUUAUUCCUCUUCUUCCUUCUUACUUUUUUCCUCUUCUUUCUUCUUCUUUAUUUUUCUUCUUUCUUUUUCUUCCCUCUUUUUCUUAUUCCUCUUCUUUCUUUUUCUUCUUUUUCUACUUCCUCUUCUUUCUUUCUUCUUCUUUUUCCUCUUUUUUUCCUUGUUCUUCUUUCUUUUUUUCUUUUCUGUUCUUCUUUCUUUUCUUCUUUUUUCUUCUUUCUUUUUCUUCUUUAUUCUUCAUCUUUUUUCUUAUUCUUUUUUAUUCUUUCUUCCUCUUAUCGUUCUUCUUUCUUCUUCUUCCUUUUCAUACUUCCUCUUCUUUCUUUUUUUCUGCUUUUUUCUCUCUCCUUCCCUCUUUUUUCUACGUUUUUCUUUUCUUUAUUCUUCUACUUCUUUCUUUUUCUUUUUUCUUCUUCUUCCUCCUCUUCUUUCUUCUUUCUCCUGCCUCUUUUUUUCGUUCUUUUUUCCCCUUUAUUCAUCUUAUUAUUCUUUCUUCUUUCUUCUUCUUCUUUUUCUUCUUCUUUCUUCUUCCUCUUCUUUGAUCUUCUUUCUUCUUCCUCUUCUUUCUCUUUUUCUUCCUUUACUUUUUUCUUUUUCUUUCUUCUUUUUCUUAUUCCUCUUCUUUCUUUUUCUUCUUACUCUUCUUUAUUUCUUCUUCCUCUUUUUUUCUUCCCUGUUCUUCUUUUUUCUUCACCUUUCUUCUUUCUUUUUCUUCUUUUUUCUUCUAAAUCUAUAAACGAUGCGAUGAUGGAAAAAUCUAGAUGCCUAUCUAUCUAUCCAAAUUUGUUCAUAUCUAUCUAUCUAUCUAUCUAUCUAUCUAUCUAUCUAUCUAUCUAUCUCAGUCUGUUCAUAUCUAUCUAUCUAUCUAUCUAUCUAUCUAUCUAUCUAUCUAUCUAUCUAUCCUUCUGUCGGCAUUAA